UGGCAAAGAUGGCGUCCAUGGCCCUGAUAUUUAUAUCAGUGUCACGUUCUGAGUCCAAGUGUCGUCUGCCCCCAGGAUGACACAAUACAGUACUCGGGGUCCACUACAAGUGAGGUUGCGGUGCCCCGGCUGCCGAUUCACGUCUCCGCCACCCCCGUACAGGCAAGUCGUGUGUCGAUGGGCACAAAACAAGCCGCCUGUGGGACUCUGGGUCAGAGGUAGACGAGUCCGCCGGCUUGAUGAAAGCACCGACGCAAGGCCGCAUAGGGCCGAUUUGACAGGCUAUUCCACUCUUGAAGCUUCAGCAAGGGUAACGGCCUAGCUCUCUGGGCGGCACGGGAGAGCAGUAGCUGGAGGGUCUGCGUAUGCCGAAGUGAG